AUGGGAGACACACCGCAUCCCAAGCCAAAACAACUCGUUCUAUGUUUCGAUGGAACGGGCAACACGUUUCGUGCCGAUGGCACGGAGACAAAUAUCUUGAAGAUCUGUCGCAUGUUGCAACGAACCGAUGAGCAAUCGGGAAUCGGUACCGAGAUCACACCCGGUUCCCUGGCAGCCACUACCCUGAAGAAGAGCGGUCAUCUUGGCAAAAGCAAGACCAUCAGUCAAGCACUGGGAGAAUCAUUCGACCAGCAUGUCUUGGGUGGCUAUCGAUUUCUCAUGAAGCACUACCGCGGGGAUGGGAACAUCUACAUUUUUGGCUUUUCACGCGGCGCCUACACGGCCCGCUUUCUCGCGGAAAUGCUCGAUCAUGCUGGAUUGCUUGGCCCGGACAACGAGGAGAUGAUACCAUUCAUUUGGGAAUCGUUCUCGCAGUGGAAGUUGACUCGAUACGAGGGCAGCGAGAAGAGAAACAAGGCAAGGAAGUUUUUGAAAGACUGCCGCGAAACCCUGUGUCGGCCUGUGAACAGAGUCAAAUUUCUGGGUUUAUUCGACACUGUUAACAGCAUUGCGGACUUCGAGAUCAAUAAUGACACCAUGCCAAGUGCUCGAGUGAUUCGACACGCAGUCAGUAUCGACGAACGGAGAGUCAAAUUCCAGCCUGUUCUCCUGGGUUUACCUCUGGAAUCAGACCCGACCAUGCAAGGUCGAACAACAACAGGACCGUACAGAGAGCAGCUCGAUCCUGUCCAAACCCAGCCACUGGUCGUUCCUGGGAUUACGAAUCAUGCCGACGGUACGAACGCAGGUACAGACGUUUCGAAUCCGAAUUCAGGACCAGGAAAGGAACAGAAGGACGAUGAGGAGUACCAAGACGUUCAAGAAAUUUGGUUCCCAGGUGGCCACGCCGACAUUGGUGGUGGGUUUCAAAAGGCAAAAGACGAAGAAUCGCAGCUAAGCCACGUUCCACUUGUAUGGAUGGUCCAGGAGGCACAGCGAGCUGGUAUCGAAUUUGAACAGAAAACGUUGCACGAGUUCAAGUGUCUGGAAAACUGGGAAGAAGACCCUUCGUCUAGCAGCCGCUUCAAGGCCGCGCUUCGACAAUCCAGUACGGAAGGCCUGCUGCACGAUCGCAUCGAUUUUGGCGAGGGCGUAUCACCUCUCUCUGUCAUGGCCUGGCGGAUCAUGGAAUACCUGCCCAUACGUCGUCAGACUACCCUCCCGGACGGCUCCACAAAACUGGUUCACUUCCCGGUUCACCGUGGGAAAGCUCGGGAAAUCCCAUCGAACGCGAAAGUUCACUCCUCGGCGAUCCAUCGACUGCAGUCGAACUCGGAGUAUCGGCCUGCGAACAUCGUCGUUGGCGGUGGUGGUCGAGCAACCAAGUGUGCUCCGAUUCUCUAUGGCAUUGGCGAAUGGGAGGUCUAUCAGCACGAGGGGGAUUUGAUCCGAGAAACAUAUAUUCGGAAAGGAUGCAAGGAACGUCACUAG